AUGGCGCCGCUGGUCGGCACGCUUGCCGCCGCCGUGCCGCGCUCCCACGGCGGCUUUUCAAGAUGCCGCGGGUACCAAUGGAAUCUGCUGCUUGUGGCGCUUCUGGUGAUGUGUCGGCGAGAUCUGCUUGCGGCCUGCUCGAUCCACGAGGUGCACGACAAGAUCACGGGCUGCAAGGUCACGGAGCGGAUGUUCGCGGACGGCCACGGACCCUGGGGGAUCGGAGGACGCUCCAGCGUCCACAUCAACGCGACGGUGCGUCCACUGGCCGAGGACGAGGUGCAGGACACCAUCACGGUGCGCAGACUGCGCGACUACUUUGACUUCGGCGUCGUCUUGGCCGCCUACUCGGCGGACGCGGCGCUCGCUGCGGGCUUCGACGACCGCGCGGCCUGCGGUUGGAACUUCUCCAACGAGAGCAACGUAGAAGGCCAGCUGCAGGGCGAAUUCUACCCCGUGAGCAGCGACCAGACGCUGCAGCUCAACGCCACGUUCUACCCGGAGGAGGGGGGACUGCAGACGGUGUUGCUCGUGCCCUGCUGGAAGCAGAAGAGCGAGGGCUUUGGCUACCCCGUGAGUGCAGACGAAUUCGUGGCGUAUCCGAUGGUGGACCCGCUGCUGCAUGUGGACGCGGCCAUUGCGUUCCAGAACCAGUACGGAUACCUGCCCGGGCUGCUGUACGGAUUGUUCCCGUUCAAGUAA